GUGCCUGGGGACCAGCCACCGCGUCUGCCCGAGCUCAGCGCCAGAGAUGCCGCCAAGCUCCCCUUUGCAAAUAACAAUGUGGCAUUUUCGUCCGGGGGGGAGGCGUCCGAGCCUUCUGCCUUCUUCCCCGUCAUAGCGGAUUGUGUGGGGGCAUAUCUUUUACAUAUCAAGGCGGGUCGGGGGAGGAGAGAAGGCCCGAGAUCAAGAAGAGGAAGAAAAGGACGAGGAGUAAAUGCGUGCUUGGAAACAGACGCGCCAGCAGUAACACAACAAGGGGGUGGUGGGGUGGGAAAUCAGCAAAAAAGAAACUUAUGGAAGAAUGAAGGAGAUGGUGGGCGGCUGCUGCGUCUGUUCUGAUGAACGCGGCUGGGCAGAGAACCCUCUGGUCUACUGUGAUGGGCAUGGCUGUAACGUGGCGGUGCAUCAAGCAUGCUAUGGAAUUGUUCAGGUUCCCACUGGACCGUGGUUCUGUCGAAAAUGUGAAUCUCAAGAAAGAGCCGCCAGGGUGAGGUGUGAGCUAUGUCCUCAUAAAGAUGGAGCACUGAAACGGACUGAUAGUGGAGGCUGGGCCCAUGUUGUCUGUGCUCUGUAUAUCCCUGAGGUGCAGUUUGCGAAUGUUCUCACUAUGGAGCCCAUUGUCCUCCAGUAUGUGCCCCAUGACCGCUUCAACAAGACUUGUUACAUCUGUGAAGAACAGGGCAGGGAGAGCAAAGCGGCUUCUGGAGCCUGCAUGACUUGCAAUCGUCAUGGUUGUCGGCAAGCCUUCCAUGUUACUUGUGCUCAAAUGGCUGGACUUUUGUGUGAAGAAGAAGUCUUGGAAGUUGAUAAUGUGAAAUACUGUGGCUAUUGCAAGUACCAUUUCAAUAAAAUGAAGACAUCACGCCAUUUUGGAGGUGGCUCUUUUAUUGGAGGAAGGAGGAGUCGGUCAGCAUCCCCUGCACAAGAGAAGCAUGUAUCUCAUCAUGAGAAACCAAAGAAGAGUCGAAAAGACAAAGAAAGGCCUAAACAGAAGCACAAGAAGCAUUCAGAAUCACCCACAAAUCUCAUACUGUCUUCCACACCCUUAGUCCCUGAGAAGCAGAGUUCCACCAACCACCACGAGAGCAGUAAAGAAUCCUCAGAGAUCACCAGGUCGGAGGUGAAAGGCAAAAGAUCUUCAAGCCAUGGCACAAGCCACAAAACCAAGAAGUCUGGAAGUGGGAAAAGUUCAAUAGGUUUUGGCUCAUCCUCAUCCAGUGUAACAUUUCCACCAGCAGGUACCUCAUGCAGCUCCUUGCCCUUCUCCCAGGAUUUUGUAACCUUUCCAAAGCUUGAACAGCAGCAGCCUGAGGAGGAGAAAUACCACAAGCCUAUCUCUUCAUCCUCGUCUUCCGCUCACUGCUCUCCAUUGUCUGAAGGGCAGAAGAGUGAUGUCUUUGAGCAGAAGGUGAUCUUUUCAGGUUUUGGCUCCAUCAUGCGUUUCUCCACCUCAGCCGUGAGUCAGCAGAGGGGACGGGAUGCUUCCCCUGUGGACUACAAGACCUCCAACUCUAUUGGUGGCACCCCAAGUGGGAGUGGUGGAGUCAGCAGUGGCAGCAGCCACAAGCGCAUGCCAUCUCUUAGUGGGGAAGAAGUAGAAGUCCUGAAAGAAAAAAAGCACAAGGCCAAUAAGAAAAGCAAGCAUGGACCAGGAAGGCCCAAGGGUAGCAAGAAUAAAGAAGUGCCCGGUACCCAACUGGCUGGGACUCCAGCUGCCUCUUCUUUGCCUUUCUCUGGGGGAUCCCUGGCCAGCUCCAGCAUCAGUGGGUCUUCACGUUCAUUCAGCCAUGGAUCCACCCUUCCGAGCCUCAGUCUAGAAUCACCACUUAUGGGAUCAGGGAUCUAUACCAGUAACAAGGAUCCCAUUUCUCACGGGGGUGGGAUGCUGAGGACUGUGUGCAGCACUCCUCUCUCCUCUAACCUUCUGGCUCACCAAGGCGCCUCAUCACUCCCCCAGCUCACCCGCUCACCUUUUGCUGGCACCAUCCCAUCCUCCUCCUCUUCCUCUGUCUCUACUACCCAGGUCUUCUCACUGGCUGGAUCCACAUUUAGCCUCCCUUCCUCACACAUUUUUGGAAGUCCGCUGACCUCUGGACUGUCAUUAAAUCCUCUGCUCAACCAAUCUGAAAGCAACAGAACAGAACCAGAUUUAGAAGACUGCAAUUUUGGCUGCCGAGGGUCAUCACCCCAAGAAAGUCUUUCUUCCAUGUCUCCCAUCAGUAGCCUCCCUACUCUCUUUGACCAGACAGUAUCAACUAGCAGUGGACAACUGGAAAAUGUCCCCCAGGCCACACCAAACAUUGAGCAGCUCCUGGAGAAACAGGGCAACGGAGAAGCUGGUGUCAAUAUCGUAGAGAUGCUCAAGGCACUUCAUUCACUACAGAAAGAAAAUCAGCGCCUUCAGGAGCAGAUCAUGACUUUGGCAGCUAAAAAGGAGCGCCUGCAGCUUCUAAAUGUUCAGCUUUCUGUUCCCUUCCAAAUGGUGACCACCAGCAAUGGCCCCUCAAGCCAGACCCAAUACAUCCUAGCUCCUAACACCUGCAACAGUGACUCACUUAGUAUCAGCAAGAGCUCCCCAUGCAAGAAUAGCUUUGGUAUCGAGAAUGCACUCUCCACUUCCUCUGAGGAUCUUCAUUCAGGAUGCCCAAGCAGGAGCAGCUCCUCUCUGUCCUUCCACAGCACACCACCACCUCUACCCUUGCUGCAGCAAAGCCCUGCCUCACUUCCUCUGACUACUGGGAUCCAACAGCAGCCACCGCUACCACCUGUGAACGGCCUGAGCAGAGCCAUGGGGACUGUUCAUGGGGGAAGUGCCACAGCUACUCAUAGCCUUGUGGAUGGUCUCCUUGGCAGUCUGGCAGGAGGGCAACAGAUCCCUAUCAAUGGACUCCUAGGAAGUUUAAAUGGCACUUUGGCUACCCAGACCCAGAAUCCAGUACUGGCACAAACCAGUGGUCCUCCCGGUCUUCAGCUCUCUAUGAGCCAAAGCAGUAUACCUAAUAUGACUCACUUAUCAGAACAGCAGCGGCAGCUGCUCAGUCAGCCUGAGCUUCAACUGCAGCAAUUGCAGCAGCUCUUAACAUCACAGCCACUCAACCCGGAGCAGCAGACAUUGAUAUUCCAGAUGAUUCAACAAAUUCAGCACAAAAGAGAAUUGCAACGACUCCAGAUGACUGGUUCCUCCAUGACAGGCCUUGGCCCAGUGACCACCACAUCCCUUCUCCACUCCAGCAAUAAUGCACCAUCAGCUGCCAACAGUACUCUCCUGGCCUCCAUCUCCCCUCAACAGCUUAAUCCUGCCAGCUCACUGAUGGCUUCCCCACCGCUCAGCACCCCUGGGAACAGCCUGAUGUCAGCAGCAGGGGCUGUUAUUCCACCUGUCCUCACAGCCCAAACAAACCCUUUCCUCAACUUGCAGGGUGACAACAGCAGCCAGAAAGGAAUGAGCAUAAAUGAAAAGGGAGGUGCCUCAGUGCAAGACAAAGGCUAACUUUUGGUGAUACUGGGCUGCUUUCUCUGCCAUAAGAAAACAGUCUCCCUGAGCCUUGGAUCCCAAAACGUAGAGCAACCAUAUGAAAGGCUUCCGAGAAAGUCUUCCUUGCCACAGUCACAGUGACACCAAGCGGAGGCAUGCCAGAAGUCUACGUUCCUCGGUUCUGAGCCUGUCAUUUAGUGCCCUUCUAAAAGAGAUUGGUGGUGUGAACACCCCCUUUCCCUUGUUGGCUUGGUCUAUUCUGCUGCACUUAAAACGUUGCACUCCAGAUGGAAAGGAUGAAGCAGUGUUUGCCACCCAAGAAUAUCCCCUCAAAGAUGGGACAUACGAGCUGGACACAACCACAAUCACCUGGUGAUUAAUGUUAUUUUUUUCAGAGCAUGUUAUUUCCAAAUCAGAAUUAAGAAACCCAUCAAUUUUCCCUGUAAGAAGAUCCAGCUACAGGAAACCAGGUUCAGAUGUUUUUGAGGUUUCUAAUAAGUAAAAAGGAAGGGUUGGAAAAGUGGUGUUUGAAGGUCCAUGUACAUGAAUCCUACACAAAGGAAUUCAGUCUCAUAAGCAUUUCAGAUGUCUACAUCUUAACUGACUCCUACUGAGGUACAGUUUAGCUGAGAAAGAAAAGGUAGUCCUGCAUAAUUGAGAACCUUGGUUUCCCCAAAUCUCUGCCAGCCACAUGUCUUUAAAAAAAAAACUACCUGAAAGAAAUGGCCUCACUUUUUCAUUUUUGACCAAGGGAUUCAUCUUUCUGUCCUUCAGAAAUAUUUGCAGACAGUGUAUGCUUACAAAUAACCCAGAGUCAAUGCUGAGCUAUUUCUAGCCACUCACAAAGAGUUUCUUGUUCUCUGUCACAUCAGCCACUCAAAAGCCCAACACCAAAGAGGCAGAACAAAGGUUUUGUCUAAUGGCAGGAGCUAUUCCAACCAUCUCCAAAAUCAGCUGGUAAGAACAUCUUUUCUGUGAAACAGAUCUCACUCAUAUCCCAUUUAAGGUUUUCCCUUCACUGGAAGAUCUAUUUCCAUUUCCAUUUCGUAACCAGAUGGUUUAGCAACAGUAUGAAUUUCUUCUCCUUCCAGGAAGUGAAAAAAUGAAAUGGAGGUCAAGAUCAGAUAUUAUGAGGAAACCAGCUCAGUUUUGUCUUAAUUGGAUAAAUCCAGAUCUCUUAAAGAGCAAGAUUCUGGGUGAUAGAACCACCUAGGGCCCUUCAGAAAUUUUCCUGCUUCCAUGAAUAUGCAGUCAUUUUAGGCUUAUUCUUGCCACCUGCUCCAAUUUGCACUAUUUUCAACCAUUGGUGGUGAGCAAGUACUUACAGUCCCAUAAUAACCACUGUUCUAUAAAAUAAUGUUUCGGAGUUUUUUUCCCCUAUUAUUUGAACAAAGCAAAUGUAUCUCCAGAUAGAUGAGUUGGACUCUUAAAAAAUAAGACACUGAAGUAAUUUUUCAUGAUUUUUUCUUUGUUUUGUUUUAUUCAUACAGAUAUGUUUAGCUCCAAGCUUUGAGUGAGUGUGUGUGUGUGCAUACUUACCCACAGUUUAAGGUUUGUUUGCUAAUAUUUAUGAAGUUGUUUAAUAGCUCCUAGAAACUGUCAAAAACAGUUAUAAAUAUUCCAAAUGACAACUGGGAAGUUUUCUUUCCAGUCAUGGCAGCUUUGGCACAGGUUAAGGAACAGAUUGAACACUUAACUCAGAAAACUAAUCCGCCUCAAUGCACUUACUCUUUAGAUAGCCAGUUCAUCUUUAAAAUGUAUCCAGGCCAAUGCAUUCUGGUUUUAUUUUAUCUUUCAUUAGCACUGUUGAUAGUAUUUUUUAGGUUUUUAUUCAGCUGCCAUAAUAUAGAAUGGCUAUGAGUUGUGAUGGAAGUAAUUUGAAGUGGAGGCUAAAUCCAACUUUUGUUCCCCUUUUCAGGCAACUAAUGGGCAAGUAUCUACAGAAUUCUUAUUGCAAGCUGCAACUGAAUUGCAAAAAAAUGUUGUUCCAUAGCACCAGCAAAAUUCAUAAUCCUAUGACUUUUGUCUUAUCUUGGCGCUGGGGGAAAAGAUUUUUACAACUACAGCUUCUCUGCUAGAAUUGCAAACAUGAUUUUAAAAAAAUUAUUGCCAUCAAUAAAUGUUUGAUAUAGAGAACUGCACCGUCAUACGGAGUAGUAAAUCAAAUUGAUUAUUUAAAUAUUUUGGAAAAGGGUUGUUUAAACAUACAAAAGAGGUAAAGCAUUAGCUGAAAAUAAUGGCCAUUCUAGUUAAAAUAUCGUGGAGGAAAACACUUUUCUUUGCAAUGAGAGCAAAACUAGACAUUGCAAAAGAAAAGGAAGGAUUGACCCCAUAUUUUCAUUGUAAUGAUAAUAGUGGAUUGGGAAAAGGCAUUUGGAAAAGAAAAUUAAAAGAUGGGAAGGAACUGUAUUACACUGCACAUUUGCUCAUUCAAGAAUUGCAUUUUAAAAUCUGAUAUUACUGAUUUCUUGCUAGCCCACAAAGCUUUUGCAGGAAUAUUUUUUCUCCUUUAAGUCUUCUUCUGUUUGUAUUGUGCUUUGAGCCACAAGGUGGAUAAUCUGUAUUCCUCCAAAUAUUGGUGAACUUUAAUUCUCAAAAACCUUACUCAAUACAAUCAGUUACGGACAAUGCGGGAUCUGGGGUGUAGGAUCCCCUGAAGAACCUUAAGUUGCCCACCUUAGGUUGAGGAUGACAUAGUUAUACAAAACUCUCAUUGCACAGGAUCACAACACUGCAUUAGACAUGUUUUGUAAUUUUAAGUGCUCGGAAAGUGGGAGGUAGCAAGCCCCAGUUGAGCCCAAGUUGAAAAAAAAUUUAGCAUCAGAAAUAUAGUUCAUUUUUAUAUUUAUCACAUUUCCUCUGGAAAUCCAAGGUGAAAUACAUGAAAAUCACUCUUUUUUUCACAUAACAAAAGUAUGAGAUAGAUUGGACUGAGCACUAGUGAUUAUGGUCUGCUAUUGCCAUUGGUCUGAAAUCAUCCUCUGAAGUUUAUGGUUGAAGGAAAACCUGGUCUUUCUAAUCCUCUCCAACACCUGAACCAUUAAUCUACAAUGGUUGUAUGAACUAAAGUGAAAAAUCAAUAAGGAAUAGAUAAUUCAGCCUUUGGGCAGCAGGUGAUACCAAGGCUGAAUUCAAUUCACGAUCAUAUGUAUCAAAUGUUCCUGAUAGGCAAUUCAUCUGGUUAGAGAUACGUAUUCAUGAACUUUAAUUUGUCCCACCUAAUCUCUAUAGGUUAAUGUAGAAGGCAUAGAGAAGGGCAGGAGGAAGAAUCACAGCCAGGACAAUAAUCAGACUGGCAUAUCUUGAACUUUUUCUAACAAGUUAGUUUGAGUUAAUGUCUCAGCCCUUCCAUAGCAUGAAGGUAAAGUAAGGGAGGGAGAAACAUAUAUAGAUUUGCAGGUUUCUGUAAGUAUAGCUGUCCCAAUGAAAGUAGCCCUGUCCUAUAUAGCAUUGGAUUACAAUUGACAUCCGUGUAAUAUCCCUAUUGAGUCCCCAGUGAAUUGUAAGUGGCAGAAUCCACAGAAUAGAAUAAUAAUAAUAAUAGUAAUACCAUUGUUCUAUAAUACCAUUGCUUCUUGCACUCAAAGCUACACAUUCAGCUUAGAAGCACAGUAUCAGGAUUAUAAUAUACACAGUUAGGGUAUAUUUAGGACCUGUCUGCACCCAAAAGAUUAAUUAGGAUGCUUUCAGAAAACAUCCUAAGAAAAUUCCAUUUUGGGGAGGUUCCAAAAUCUAAGAUACAAACUUCCAGAUCACUAUUAGAUGGGAGAAAAGUAUACAUCUUUACUAUCAUAUAGUGGAUUUUUGAAGCCUGAAUCUGACACCUGUAUUACUUCAUGACCAGACUGUUUCCUAGCAUAUUAUAUGGAAGAGAAAAUAAGCAGCUGGUAUUUAGUGGUAAUUUGAAAGGCUGAAAAGACCUCUCUUGGAUAUUGUAAGGAAUAAGUGCUUUUACAAAGCUCCCACAGAUAUGAAAUAGAGAACUCAGUACAGCAAUUUCCUUCAGUAGUAGAAACCUUGUAGAGCUGAAUUAGACAUUUUGGCUGUAUAGACAUUAUAUUUACAUUUAAGAAAAAGGUUAUACUGUGCAUCAAGGAAAAAGCCAUCUGGAGGCUUGUGGAACAGUCUAGAAUACCACUUACUUGCCUCUCCAGGAAUACUUUAGUAUGUAACACAUAAAAAUCAAGUGCAAUUCUAAAAAAGUCCCAAGCAAGGACUAGUUCAGAUAAAACUAAAAGUCUUUAAAACAGGAUUGUUGGAACAGUGAUUGCCUGUCACAGAAUCAAAUAAAACACCAGUCACUUAGUUUUCAAUUACAGAAAUCAGUGUGCUCAGCAAAUUUAGAAUAAGACAUAGAAAUAUGGCUAGAAGAUGAUAACGACAAAUUACUUCUGUAUUGUCAAAUUACCAGGAAUUGUGCUCCAAUGAGUCUAUUUUUAUUGGAUAAAGUUUGUUCGUUAAGAGAACAAAACAUACUAAGUUAUUUUUACAGCCCAUUGUCUUCUUAACUAUAUGAAUUGGUGGUAACUAGAAGGUUACCGUUCAGGUCCCUAGAAUAUUUUGUAUCAUACUUGUAACUUCAAAUGUUAACUUGAAAUUGGCGUUUGAUCCUAGAAUCUAGCUUUGCUAAUCACUUCCCUUAAAGAAACUAGAGAAGCAACAUACAAUAUUGGCUAAAUUUGGGAAGAAAGCCCACUGAGUUACUUGAGGCCAGUCAUUAUCUCUCAAAUUAAUUUAUUCCUGAGAAGUAUUGCAAAAAAAAUGGAGGAAAGAAUUCCACAUUGGCAUUCUCUGCUCCUGUAGCAGGCUAUAAAUUUAACAAGUAAAGAAAAGAAAGCACAUUCAUUGUACUUUGCCAUCUCAAAAACAGUUUCCCUAUUUUAAAACAUCAAAACCAUCCUGAUCCAUUGUUCCUAUCUUACCAGCAAUCAUUUCUGCUUCUUUCUGGAAUGUUAAUUCCAGCCAAGAGGUCUAUAAUUGCUGGAAAUAGGAGUCCAAAUUUUAUUGAAAACUCUGAGCAAUUAUGCUUAAUAUCUCUCUCUCUCUCCCUCCCUCCCUCCCCCUCCCCCCUCUCUUUCUCUCCCUCCCUCCCUACCACUCCUCGUCUCCCCCUCUCCCCUUGUAUAUGAAGCCUUCUAUCCCCUAGUGUUCAAUAGAAUUUCUGACAGCUAAUCCAACAAGUUCCUAAUGUAUAAGGGUAUAUUUCCACUCUGCAAAAAGAUGACCACUAGAUGGCAACAAAGUUACAGAAAAUGCUAACGUUUUGCUAAUGGUUAGGCUUUAUAGGUUGAUUAAUAUGUUGAGGUAACAAGCACUUUUUUGUUUAUUUUUAAUCUUGUGACUAAUAAUCAGUGACCAUGCAAGUUUGGAAAUUCUAAUUUAUGUGAGCUUCUCAGAGUCUUGUUAUUGGAGUUAUUAAAAAACGUGCAAAAUAAACUUACAAAGCAAACCAUCAUCUGAAUGAACUGCAUGCAACCAGUUUGCAACUUCCAGCUGAAAGGCAGGCCAGGCAUGGUUAGGUUAGCAUGAAUUGGAAAUUCAGAUUUAAACUACUCUCUGCUGUUGAUUUAUUUGCAUUAUAUCAUAUUCUCAGUUUUUAAUAUGUAAAAUUAAAAUACCCAUGCUUGGUUUGGUUUUCUGUUUCUGUGAACAGGAAGAAUAAACUUAAGUUUAGUAUAUGAGUGAAUGCAGCUAAUCUAUUGAAUUCUGAUGCCAUGAGAAAAAAUAUCUUUUUCAACCUCUUGAUUUACAAACUUCUAUUUAUCCCAAACAGUAAAAGAUGAUGCAUAUUAUGCUAGAGAUCUUCUCUAAAACAGGAAACAGAACUUAAAACUGUCCAAUUGAAGUGAUAUAAUUCACUCUUUAUCUAUUUCUAUUGUUUCUUUGUCUUGUUACAAAAAUAACAUAUGUGAUACAUAUAUAUUUUUCCUAAAUAAGCAGGUAGUAACUGGGAAAUAAUAUGGAUGGCAAUCCUAUGUAAAUUUCAUCUGUAAUAAAUUCUGCUAAACUUAAUGGGACUUACUUUCAAUUUGCAUAGAAUUAUAACAAUAGGUUAAAAAAAUAAAUAUAGAAGGUUAAGCCUCAUUUCCCAUCCCCAGUGAUAGAAGUCCAGUCUAAUCUGUUUUAAUGAGCAGCGGAGAGGUGCUGUGCUUCUCCGAGAUCAAAAACACUUCUAAAUUAUUCUCGGUAUGCAAAUCCUACUGGAUGAUUAUUUCUCAAAGAAUAGUUAUAAUGCAAGGGCAUGGGGUUUGACCACUUGACCCUUAAGGUCUCUUCUAUUUAUUUAUUUUUUAAGCUUCAAACUGCUUUAGCCCUUCCUCACAGAGGUUGUCUGCAUAUUAUGGUCCAUUUGAUUGCUCUCUCUGCACAUUUUCCAGAGGAACCACCUGUCUUUCAAAUUUAGUUGACUGGAUUAGUAUCCCAGGAAUUGGGUUUGGGGUUCAGUAAGCCAAACUAUGACUUACUUGUUUGCUGCUUAGUGCAUUGUGUAAACCCCAGCCAUGUGGUUUAUCAAUCAUGUUUUAUGAUUUCAAUGUAUUAUGUGAAUUCAAGUCAGUCAUAAUGUAUGACUUCAACCCAUCCUGAAGGUUGAAAAUGACUUUAAAUUUUUAGUGACAGAAAGCUAUCAUGGGAUUUAAGAUUCAUGGUAAAAAGUUUAAAGUGACUAGGAAUAUGCUUU